AUGAAAAUCUCAUUUCAGACCUCAUUGAUUCAAGUCAUAGGCGUGUGCGUUUGUGGGUUUGCAAUUAAAAAGAGCAACAAUGAGCUGAUCUUUGCUACCUCAAUAUUGAUUUAUUCUCUAUUGCAUUUCUUAUUGGGACUGAUCAUAUACUCUAACCCUAUUGCAUCGAAUAAACUUAAAUUACUCUACGAAAAGUCAUCAUCACUGGUAUCCAAUUGCCUGUAUACAAAUUGCAUUGCAUGUGAUGAGUCACCGGGCCUUGUUUCCAUGCAGUCAUCAGGAUUGCUAGCUAAAAUGUACAGCGAUGUUACUGGAUUGACUGUCCAAGUGCACUACACAAUCUGCAAAGCAUGUCAAUCAGAACUUAAAGCAUUUUACAAUUUCAAAAAAAGAUGCCACGACAUUGCUGGACUUUAUGAGGCUGAAUCGGUUCUUAAUCAAGAUAUAUCAAAUCCAAAACAGCAGUUGCUGAAUGAAAUUACAAUUGUUAAGAGCGAAGCUGGAUUUGAUCAGUUUUGUGUGGAUGAGAGUCAAGGUGAUGAAGAUUAUGACUAUGAGGAAGCAAAUCCUUCAACAUUUGAAGACGAUGAAUCUAUAACAAGCUACAGUGUGGCACCAAGUCUGACUCUAAAAUCCGAAAAUGGCAAUGAACUUAAUGAUGAUAAAAUUAGUAAGCCACAAAAGCUCAACACAAUAAACGCGAGAGCCGAAAUAUUUUUCACAGCCACAGAAGUAAACGAACGGCUUUUCAGCGAAGGAUAUCCACCAGUUUGGCGACUGUUACCAAAAAAUCAUGUUCCUAUACCCGGAAAAAUUCCAUAUUCAGAAUUAUUGUGUGCAAAAAUAUCAGCUAUAAUGCCAAAUAAAUCACAAGUUGCUGUCCAUAAUGGCUUUACAUUAUUUGGUGCAACUACUCGUGCCUAUAUAAGAUGUAAGCAUAGCACAAAAAUGCCAGUAUCAUUUCUGCAGUCAGAAUUAAAGCAAAAUCAGCCGUUAAGGAUUAAAAUUGUUCAAAAAUGUCAAGAAUGUGUGGAUGAAGCAGAUGAACAGCCAACUACACCUGUGCCUUCAUCUUCAACAAAAUCAAAGGCAAACUUCUUGAAACAUAAAUCAAUUCUCUUUCUGCCAACUUCAAUAGCAGCAACAUUCGAAUGUGCAUCAAAGGAUAUUCAUGCGAUCCUUAAUCGUGGCUAUCAUUUGUGCUCAGCUGAAGUUGAUCCAUUGAGGAAGCUGAAGGAACAGCAUUUUAAAAUUGAGACAGAGAUUGUUCAGGCAUGGCGACUGCAGGUUUACAAAAUUAUUGGUCAAGAUGAGAAGCCACGGAGUCAAAUUAACGAAUAUAAAAUUAAAAAAAUGGAACUAAAUGAUCCAUUUGCGGAUACAGUGACAAAAGGAACAAGACGAGCUGCAAGUCAAAGAGAAAUAACUGUUACCAAAAGGCAGAGAAGGUGA